GAUGGAGGAAGAAAAUUCUUUGGUAUAAAACAUGCAAAAGGUCCUUGUGUGGCCUGGCCUCAUUAUAAGAAGAAUCUCUACAGAGGAACACACAUAUAUCCAUCCCUUGUUAUCUUGUAAACACCUUUUUGUCUACUAGUAUUAAGAUAUUCAUGGGAACUGGAAGAGCCAUGGUCUUGCUGUUGCUCUUGUUCAUGUUAUUCUUGGUUUUGGAUGUCUCUGUUGUUGGAGCUCAAAAAACAACAAACACAACAACAACAACAACAGAGUUUACUUUCAGAGGAUUUACUGGAAACGAAUCAUCGAUUCGAUUGGCAGGAGCUGCAAUGAUCAAACCGGAUGGCCUGCUGAGGAUCACUGACCGAACCCAAACCGUUACCGGUACGGCGUUCUACAAUAAACCGGUGAGAUUGCUCGAGAACAACGGGAAUUCAACAAGGGUUGCUUCUUUUAGCACAUCAUUCGUGUUCGUCAUCAUCCCCACAAGCUCCAGCAACGGAGGUUUUGGAUUCACCUUCACGCUAUCUCCGACCCCUGACCGCCCCGAAGCAGAUGCCGCGCAGUACCUGGGAUUGCUCAACGAAGACAACGACGGGAAUCUUACGAAUCACGUAUUCGCGGUUGAAUUCGACACGGUACAAGGAUUCGGAGACGUUUCUGAUAGAUCGGGGAAUCACAUCGGUCUGAACUUCAACAGCCUCACAUCGGAUGUCCAAGAACCGGUCGUGUAUUACGACGAGUCUGGCCGAAAAGAGGAUUUCCUACUUCAGAGUGGUGAUCCCAUACAAGCCCUUUUGGAUUACGACGGUCCAACCCAAACCCUUAACUUCACGGUUUAUCCGGCACGCUUGAAGUCUAGACCCGUACGGCCUUUGAUCUCGCAGCAACAUGUUCCGAAACUGGUAGAGAUCGUGCAAGAAGAAAUGUACGUGGGAUUCACGGCAGCCACUGGGAUAGAUCAGUCCAGUGCUCACUACGUGAUGGGUUGGAGUUUCUCCAGCGGCGUAAAUCUCUCUCUCGCAAAACCGCUCAACCUCUCGGAGCUUCCUCCUCCGCCUCCUAACACUGCCAAGAAGACAGGCUACGAUUCUGGAGUCCUCGCUCUGAUCGUGGCUCUCUCUGGAGUAACCCUCAUCUUGCUUGCGUUACUGUUCUUCUUCCUCAUGUAUAAGAAGCGUCUACAACAAGGAGAUAUUCUAGAAGACUGGGAGAUCAACCAUCCUCACCGGCGUAGAUACAAAGAUCUCUACGCUGCUACCGAUGGAUUCAACAAGAACCGGAUCAUCGGCACCGGAGGAUUCGGCACCGUCUUCAGAGGAUCCCUCUCUUCUUCUCCUUCUGAUCAAAUCGCCGUGAAGAAGAUAACUCCGAAUAGCAUGCAAGGCGUUCGAGAGUUCGUGGCCGAGAUCGAGAGUUUAGGGCGGUUAAGGCACAAGAAUCUAGUCAACCUCCAAGGAUGGUGCAAGCACAAAAACGAUCUCUUGCUCAUUUACGAUUACAUCCCCAACGGAAGCUUAGACUCUCUGCUCUACAGCCGACCGAGACAAAGCGGCGCCGUUUUGUCCUGGAACGCGCGUCUCCAGAUCGCCAAAGGAAUCGCCUCCGGGCUGCUCUAUCUCCACGAAGAAUGGGAGAAGAUUGUCAUCCACAGAGACGUCAAGCCCAGCAACGUUCUCAUCGACGAUGACAUGAACCCUCGACUUGGAGAUUUCGGGCUCGCCAGGCUCUACGAACGCGAGACGCUCUCUCACACCACCGUCGUCGUCGGCACUAUCGGCUACAUGGCCCCCGAGCUCACCCGCAACGGUAAAUCGUCCACUGCGUCUGAUGUUUUCGCGUUUGGCGUUUUGCUGCUAGAGAUCGUUUCCGGGAGGAGACCGACGGACUCCGGAACCUUCUUCUUGGCCGACUGGGUCAUGGAGCUGCGAGAGACCGGUGACAUUCUCCCUGCGGUCGAUCCCAGACUAGGAUCUGGUUACGAAGCUGGAGAGGCGAAGGUUGCACUCUCUGUGGGAUUGCUCUGCUGCCAUCAGAGACCGGCGUCUCGGCCGUCCAUGAGAAGGGUGCUUAAGUAUUUGAACGGUGAGGAAGAUGUUCCUGAGAUUGGCGACCACUGGGGGUAUUCAGACUCUUCAAAAAGAUCCAAGGUUGAAGGCUAUAAUGUUUCGUCUGAUAAGGCUAAUUCUAGCUCAGUCGCAUCUUUCUCCGUCACGAGGGUUUCUUCCAGUUCUGUGAUCAUGAGUGGUAGAUGAUAGAUAGUGUAUAUUCACACUUUGUUUAUACUUCCCUUGCAAGGCAUCUAUGAUACUAUCUAGUUUUUUUUAACCU